CAUGAUAAAACAGCUUCUCAGAUGAUGAGCACUGUCACAAAAAAGAAAUGCCUUGGAAUAAAAUAAGGAAAUUGUACUGGUUUUCCUUGGUCUUUUCUGUAAUGACGAUCAUUGCAACUUUGUUAAUAUAUAAAGAUCAACUGCUGCAUACCACUGAAAAAGAACUAGGAUGUAGAUUGGGUUCUGACUGCUCAAGGUACGACUACAAGAAUUCUGAAAAGAUUGAUUCGUUGAGUAAGCCUGUCCGGAAAGAAGAUAAAUUAAACCACUUCUAUACUUAUGACAAAUAUCAGUCACAACAAACACAGCAAGACAGAACAGAACAUCUCAAACGAAAAUGUAAAGAAUUUGGACUCAACAAAUCUCUCAAUAUCUCAAAACUAUGGAAAAGUUUUUUCUUUGUGAAUCAUAAAUACAAGUUUGUGUACUGUGCAAUGCCAAAAGUAGGUUGCACAUUUAUGAAGCGUUUACUAUUUGUUCUAGAUGGCAAAACUCAAUCAAAGAACCCAUAUAGUAUUCCAGCAAAAUGGGCCCAUAGUCUACCAUUAAAUACAUUGCAGCACAAAACUAAGGAAGAUAUAGAAUACUAUCUAAAGUAUUACAAAAAGAUUGUGUUUGUCCGUGAUCCAAUAAAGAGGCUGUUAUCUGCACAUACUGACAAAUUAGCAAGUGUGACUGUGGGUGCUUGGAAACACCAGGGUAGGCCAAUCAUGAAAAAAAUUCGUAAAAAUCCAACAGAAACUGAUUUGAAAUGCGGCCAUAACACUUCGUUUCAAGAGUUCCUUGAUUACAGAAUCAAGCAGGAAGAGUCCAAUAAGAAACCAGACAUGCAUUUUGACAUGAUGUACAGGACUUGUCAUCCUUGUAUGAUAGACUAUGACUUCAUCGGAAAAAUGGAAUCAUUCAACAAUGAUGUGAAAUACCUACUUGAUUCAGUGAACAUAGCUGAAAAUAUAACAUUCACUGAAAAGUUUGAUGUAAAGAUGGAUUAUCUCAAAGAUAUGGUCCACAUAUUUCUAACAAACAUCAAUGGUGCAAAAAAUUGUGGUUUGGAUUUCAAAGAUUGUCUUAAAAUAUUCUGGAAAAAUCUGGUACAGAGAAAUGUUAUUCCACCAAGAAAAAUAUUCCCAACUCUUCAUGAAAAUGUAGCACGUAGAGAAUUAAUAGAUAUAGUAGUAGGGCUAAAAGAGAACAUACAUGAUGGGUCAGAAAAGGUUAAUCCAAUUGAAACAAUUUCAAAAGAAACAAUGUUAAGAAUACAAGAGCUAUAUAAAAAUGAUUUUGAACUCAUGGGUUAUGAAAAAUAUGUCUAACUGGAUGAAAAUAAAGGAUCUUCAACACAGUGAACUGUAAAAAAGACAUUUAUUUUGUACAGAAAAAUAAAACAAACAUUUUGUCCAUAUUCAAUGAGUAUAUGUCAACAGUUGCUAUUGGUAACUAUGACUAUG